ACUCACAAUUUUCUCCUUCCAAAACAACAAGUUGGAUGCGACCUUCAAAUAUCCCAGAGUCGGACGUGGUAUGAUGUCAUUAAGGUGGCCUGAAAAGUAGUUGUUCCCAUGAUUUAUUGCUCCAUUUUUCGUCGUCUUCCCAAGACAUCCUCAUUCAAUCUCUAACUAAUUAAUUAAGUUUUGAAUUUCCAACUGUAUCUUUAUAAGGGCCAAUCUGUACACAUAUUCUUUAAUGACUAUAUAUGAGAAUAUAUAUAAGUGGAGAGUAACUAUCUUUGAUGAUUUUGGAGUAUUAGCAGAGGGAGGGAGAUGAGCAUUCUUUCUUGUUGCAGGAUCACCAAGAGUGAUGCAAUCAAGAAAAAAUCUCUUAAAAACUCGAAAACUUGGGUUUAUGAUGAUGCAGAUGCGUUCUCCACGGUUCCUAGAAGUGUGUCGUUGAAUUCCGGUGCAAUAAAGCAAAGGAUUUUAGCAGAAGAGGCACUGAAAAAUGGAAGUGCUCGGGUUCCGGCAGAGGUGUUCACCUUCCGGGAGCUGGCAAGCGCGACGGAGAAUUUCAACUCGGAGCUGCUGGUCGGAGAAGGAGGAUUUGGGAGAGUCUACAAGGGAUACCUCACCAAAACUAAUCAAAUUGUGGCAGUGAAGCAGCUAGACAGGAAUGGCGUUCAAGGAAACCGCGAGUUCCUGGCUGAGGUUCUGACAUUGAGCCUCGUUCACCACCCCAACCUCGUCAACUUGAUUGGUUACUGCGCUGACGGCCGACAGAGGAUACUCGUCUACGACUACAUGCACAAUGGCUCUCUAGAAGAUCACCUUCUUGAUUUACCUCCAAAUAGGAAGCCUCUGGAUUGGUACACAAGGAUGCAGAUAGCUAAGGGGGCAGCUCAGGGGCUAGAGUACUUGCACGAUACAGCGAAUCCUCCUAUUAUAUUCCGCGAUUUCAAGGCGUCCAACAUACUCCUGGACGAGAAUUUCAGGCCUAAGCUCUCGGAUUUCGGGCUUGCUAAGUUGGGGCCGACGGGGGAACAGGAUCACGUGUCUACGAGGGUCAUGGGGACGUACGGCUAUUGUGCGCCAGAGUACGCAAAGACGGGUCAGCUCACCACUAAAUCCGACGUCUACAGCUUUGGGGUGGUGUUUCUGGAGAUCAUUUCAGGAAGAAGAGCUAUUGAUGGGAGGAAACCACCGGAAGAGGAGAAUCUAGUUGAUUGGGCGAGGCCACUAUUCAAGGAUAGAAGGAAGUUCACGUUGAUGGCGGAUCCAUUGCUGGAAGGGAAUUAUCCAGUGAAGAGUCUAUAUCAGGCUCUUGCUGUUGCAGCCAUGUGCAUCCAAGACGAAGCCACCACCCGGCCCCUCAUUGCAGACGUCGUCACUGCCCUCGACUACUUAGCCAUCAGGACAGACGAAGCUACUGCUGAAAUGGAUGAGUUUGAAUAAUAAUUCACAUUCACCACUUUGUUUUUCUUGAACAUAUUAGGGAGUGUGUGUAUGUGUGUGUGUUUUGCACCACAGAAUUGUGAAUUUGCCAUUCCAUAUAAAACGAGAGCUGCUUGUACAAUGGAUUGCUUCAUCACAAACAUGAAAAUUGAAAAGAAUUAGAGAUCAAA